UUAGAUUAAAAAAAAAAAAACUGGGUUUUCUUUGCUGGUUUUCUUGUGAUUUGUUGUUGGUAUUUGCAUAGUUUUGUUCUUUACUGCAGUAACUGGAGGGAGAGGAGUUCUAGGUGAAUGGGUUGGUGGUGUAAAUGGACAGAGAGAUUUGGUGUGGAGGUUAUUUGGUAGUUGAUGUUUUGGAUUAGAAGGCGAUAUUGUGAUCGGGAAGUAUUCGUGGCUGUAUAUAUCAAAUAAAUCUGUCCGCAGUAGAAUAAAAGAAAAGAUCUGAAGAUAUUGUGAUUUCUUUUUUUACCAGGAAAUGAAUGCCAGAAGCUUGUGUUUUAUGGUCCUAAGUAGCGCAAAUUGUUUAAUACUUGUGUGAUCUGCAUUGGAUUAUUAGUAAGUUCGAUCCUCAAUAAUAGAUGGAUUGAAGAAUCAAUUCAUUGGAUGCAAUGCUAAAGACAUUGGCAUCUGGGCUAUUGAUUUCAUCAUUCCUCAUUUCCAUUUCUGCUGCUGAUAAUGGGUUCCCCCGGGAUUGUGGGGAGGAUGGUUUUUGGAGCACUGAAAACAUUUUAGAGUGCCAAAAAGUGAGUGAUUUCUUGAUUGCAGUGGCCUAUUUUUCAAUCCCAAUAGAGCUACUUUACUUUGUUAGCUGUUCAAACGUUCCAUUCAAAUGGGUACUCUUUCAAUUCAUUGCUUUCAUUGUUCUAUGCGGAAUGACCCAUUUGCUCAAUGGCUGGACUUAUGGCCCACAUCCAUUUCAGCUAAUGCUUGCUGUAACCAUUUUCAAAUUUCUCACUGCUUUGGUCUCUUUUGCCACUGCUAUAACCCUUAUCACUCUCAUCCCAUUGCUGCUCAAAGUGAAGGUGAGAGAAUUUAUGCUGAAGAAGAAGACUUGGGAUCUUGGUCGAGAGGUUGGAAUGAUAAAGAAGCAGAAGGAAGCUGGGUGGCAUGUUCGGAUGCUCACCCAAGAGAUCCGUAAGUCACUUGAUCGGCAUACUAUAUUAGAUACAACUCUUGUUGAGCUAUCAAAGACACUGGAUUUGCAGAAUUGCGCAAUUUGGAUGCCUAAUGAAAAUAAGACAGAGAUGAAUCUGACCCAUGAAUUGGAAAGGACAAAUUUUUCUGAACGUUAUAGUUCCUCCAUCCCAAUUUGGGACCCAGAUGUGAGAGAGAUUAAGGAGAGUGAUGGAGUAGUAAAGAUAAUUCACCAUGAAUCAGCACUUGCAGCUGCAAGCUGUGGAGGGAAGGGUGACAUAGGUGCUGUUGCUGCAAUUAGGAUGCCAAUGCUGAGGGUUUCUAACUUCAAAGGUGGAACUCCUGAGAUGGUCCCGGCUGCUUAUGCAAUACUUGUUUUGGUCCUUCCUGGUGGACAAGGAAGAUCUUGGAGCAACCAGGAACUUGAAAUAGUGAAGGUGGUUGCUGAUCAGGUGGCUGUGGCUCUCUCACAUGCUGCGGUGCUUGAAGAGUCCCAGCUCAUGAGAGAUAGGUUAGUGGAGCAAAAUCGAGCCCUGCAACUGGCGAAACAGGACGCAAUGAUGGCAAGCCAGGCAAGGAACUCAUUUCAGAUGGUAAUGAGCAAUGGCUUGAGAAGACCCAUGCAUUCAAUUUUGGGUUUACUUUCCAUGAUGCAGGAUGAGAACUUGAAUAGCCAGCAAAAAACUCUUGUUGAUGCAUUGGUUAAAACCAGCAAUGUCCUCUCAACCUUGAUAAAUGAUGUGACGGAUACUUCAAUGAAGAACAAUGGAAGGUUCCCACUAGAGAUGAGGUCUUUCCACCUGCAUUCCAUGAUAAAAGAAGCCGCUUGCCUCGCCAAAUGCUUGUGUGUUUGUAGGGGUAAUGGUUUUGACAUUGAGGUUGAGAAGUCAUUGCCUGAUCAUGUUAUGGGCGAUGAACGAAGAGUGUUUCAGGUGAUUUUGCACAUGAUUGGUAGUCUUGUGAAUGGCAACCAUAGAGGGUGUGUAACAUUUAGGGUUUGCUCAGACAGAGGCAGUCAUGGAAGGAAUGAUCAAAGAUGGACAACCUGGAGAUCAAACUCAUCUGAUGGGUAUGUCUAUCUUAAAUUUGAGAUAGGGCUUAACUAUAGUGGUUCCCAGUUGACGGAUGUCAUUUCGGCAUUCCCGGUUGGUGGUCAGAGAUACUGCAGCGAGAGACUUGAGGAAGGCUUGAGCUUCAGCGUGUGCAAAAAGCUAGUGCAGUUAAUGCAAGGGAAAAUCUGGGUUGUCCCAAAUUCAGAGGGAUUUGAUCAAAGCAUGGGACUUGUUCUUCGGUUUCAACUCCGCCCAUCCAUUGUUGUAGGCAUCACCCAAUCGGGAGAAUCUUCAGAGCUCCCUCAUUCAAACUCUCUCUUCAGGGGCCUUAAAGUUCUAUUGGCUGAUGACGAUGAUUUGAACAGGGCAGUGACACGGAAGCUGCUUGAGAAACUAGGAUGUAUUGUGUCCACUGUUUCAUGUGGAUAUGAAUGCCUUAGUGCACUUGGCCCAGCUGUGUCUUCUUUCCAAAUUGUUCUUUUGGAUCUUCACAUGCCUGACUUGGAUGGAUUUGGAGUUACCAUAAGAAUUCGGAAGUUUCGAAGCCGCAGCUGGCCAUUGAUAAUCGGCUUGACAGCAAGUGCUGAUGAUGUUUGGGAAAGAUGUAUGCAAAUUGGGAUGAAUGGAGUUAUUCAAAAACCAAUUAUUUUACGAGAUAUUGCAUAUGAGCUUCAAAGAGUCUUACUUCAGGCAAACAAGGUUGUGUGAUGAUCAAGACUGUAUAUAAAGGAAGUGCACCACCCAGCAGGGACCUUGGUUAGAAUAAACAGACACCAUUUCUUUGGCCAAUGCCUUCUUGCACCAAGAUUCCAGCAAAUAGAUGUUUCACCCACAUUCAUAGUCAAAAUGGUAUAGAAAAUUUAUUUCCCUCUUUUUGUACCGUGUUUAAGCUAUACUAUAUGACUGCAUAGCUAAGCUAGAAAUUGAUUACAGACGUUCAAAAUUAUAAUUAAAACAUCUUUUUUCCUACAAGAAAACAUUAAGCACUUAGGCAGUUAGUACACUGUAAAGUUACUACGCAAAUUUAA